CGCAGCGAAGCGUUGGAGGCGACGACAACAUGAACUGCUCUCUGCUCUGUGGAGUCACUGCGCUGGCGCUGCUCAGUGCGGCGACCAGUAAGCCUCCGGUUGCAGGCGCCGCGCGCUGCGUCAACGUGUGGGACGAGGGCUGCAUCAACGACCAGAUUCAGGGGGGAGGUCGCGACGACGACUUCGUGAACGGCGACUUCAGCCCCGGCAAGCGCUGCGCGGACGCGCGCGGCGGCGACUGCGGCGGCGCGGAUAAUAAGAAAUUGAGUGACGACUACCUCGCAGCUCGACUACGUUACAUAUUUCUGGCAAAACUUUUCAACGACGCUCAAUUCUGAAGCCCGUUUCCCUUCUGAAUCUUUUAUAACAAAGACUACGGUAUGAAAAUGUUCUUAACGCCCA